AUGACACAUAAAAUUCUUCUGUCUGCAUUUUUGCUUCUACAUCUUUUUAUAAUAGGAGCAAAAGUCUCGGAGUCUGCUCGAAUAUUCACCAUAGUAAACAACUGUAGAGAGACAAUUUGGCCUGGUGUUGCCCCGGGAGAGAGUUUUGAUGGAGGUGGUUUCGCAUUAAGACCGGGCCAAUCUCUCGUUUUCACGGCUCCGGUUGGUUGGUCUGGUCGAAUAUGGGCUCGAACAGGCUGCAAUUUCGACAGGAAUGGCAAUGGAUCUUGUCAAACUGGCAACUGUGGCAAUUCUCUAAAAUGUUCAGCCACGGGCAAACCCCCGGCGACUCUAGCAGAAUUCACCCUCGCCUCGUUGGACUUUUAUGACGUUAGCCUCGUCGAUGGAUUCAACUUGCCAAUAAGUGUGACAGCCCUUAAUGGUAGAGGAAAUUGUAGUAUUGCAGGGUGUGAUGCAGAUUUAAGGACCAGUUGCCCUAAUGAACUUGCUGUUAGAAGCAAUGGUAGGACCGUGGGGUGUCGAAGUGCGUGUGAUGUGUUCAAUAGUGACGAGUACUGCUGUCGAGGCGUGUAUGCGAACCCGGUUACAUGUCAACCUACGACCUACUCGAAAAAAUUCAAGCAGGCAUGCCCUGCAUCUUAUAGUUAUGCGUAUGAUGAUCCAACUAGCAUUUUUACAUGCAUUGGAACAGAUUAUGUUGUCGCUUUUUGCUCAUCGAGGAGGCAACCCGUGUGCACGUACCAUAACAACAAUUUGAUCUGUGGUGAUUCAACUGGAUUGCGACCAUCGAUGGGGAAGUGGUGGAUAAUGAUUAUUGGCUUGGCUUCCGCGAUACUUUGUGGACAGUUUCUUAACUACUAG